AAAAAGCAUUUCCUUCUUUUUUUUCUAUAUUACUUACUUGUCUAGAGCUCUUUUAACUUCAUCGUUUCCAAGAGAAGAACGAAGGAUCCGUUCGGUGAUCUUAUCCUCUCAUAUCAUAUACCACCAAGCUAAACAAAACCCUCUCUUAUCACUUCCAUUGAUUCUACUGUGGAAAAAUAGAAAGUUAGUGGCUUUUUUUCUCAAAUUCCGGCGCAAAAUCAAAUGAAGGAAGAGUGAACAAAGAGUUGUUAAGACAUGGAGAGACAAGGGAGAGAAGAAAGCAGCAUUCAACAACCUCCAUGGAUGCCUCAGACACCAAUGAAGGCAAGUUCUCCGAUCUGCUCAAAUAUUGUUGAGGAACGAGCUCAUCGGAACCAGGAGGAAGAAAGGAGAUUUGAUGGGAACAAGGGCGUGGGUGGUGGUCUUGCUCACUUAUCUUUUGGGGAUUUGCUGGCUCUAGCUAACUCUGCAGCAUUCUGUUUCUCCGGUAACACAGAGAUGAUGCAAAAAGAUAAUGAAGCAGUGGAGAGUCUGAGCUCUGUGAGUAACAAUGUUGCUGAAGAAAUCAUCAAUAAUGUUGCUGAAGAGAUCAUCAAGACUCCUGAAAAACCAAAGAGGAAGAAGCAUAGGCCAAAGGUUCUUAAAGAUGCUAAACCCAAGAGGGCGCCAAAACCGCCAACUCCGAGGAAAUCUGUUGUUGCUGAUGCUCAAGAAAGCAAAACACCGAGGAGGAAAUAUGUGCGGAAGAAGGUACAAGUAGAUAAGAAUCAAGAAUCUACUCCGCUUGAUCCAUCAGUAGCUGUAGAAACUUCAACUCGCGCCAAGAAGCUCUGUAGACGAGCCUUGGAUUUUGAACCCGAAAAAGGAGAAAAUCAUUCCAACUGUAACACAAAACAAGCAGAUGAGAUGGAAUCAGUUCUUGUAGAGAAGCUGUUAGCUUCUGGGAAUCAUGAGUCAAAUGAUUUCCUUCUUUCUGUGCCUACCACUCCCAAGAGAAAGCGUAGCCAAGGUAAAAGAAAGGGGAAGGAACCUAAGAACAAUGGCACUGACCUAGAAGAAGUUGAUAUUUCGAUGGCACAAGCUGCAAAGAGAAGACAAGUAAAAGAACCAACUUGCCGUGACCUGAAUCUAUCAGGGAUUCAGUACAAUGAGCUAUGUGACUACCAGAAAAUGCAUUGGUUGUAUUUCCCAAACUUACAACAGGAAGGGAUGAGAUCUGAUGUCAUUUGUAGCAAAUCAUUCACUGGCCAACAACUUAUGGAUGUUUCUGCCUUUGACUCUAACUGCUACAGUUUCACAUCUCAACACAGUGCUAAUGGAGUCCUAACCACUGAAAAAAUACGUGAAGUUACCUUCCAAGGAAGGCAACCGUCUGAGUUCAAUGUUCUCCCAGAGAAGAUAGAUACACCGAUAAAGAAGAGAACUGGCCAUGCUCGAUUCCGGAAUUUGUCUUCCAUGAACAAACUUAUGGAAGUUUCUGAGCAGUUACCCUCAGGAUAUCAUUGCAAACCACAUCAGAAGAUUCUUGUUGAUACACGGGUGACCGUAAGCAAAAAUAAGCGAAUCACUAAGCCUAAGAAAUCACAAACCAACCAGAAAACUCUUCUUCCGAAUCUUUGCCAGCUUUCAGCUUCAUUUUCUGGUCUUUCUCCAGAUGAACUUUGGAAACAACGUUACUCUGUCGAAGCAAUCAAUGAGCAAUUGCGUCUAUUAGAUAUCAAUAGGGAGAAUUCUGAUAAUGCUCUCGUUCCUUACCCCAUGAAAACCAAGGGAAACCAGAUUGUACUCUUCCGCGGUGGUGCUGGAGCAAUUGUGCCUGUAACUCCUGUUAAAAAACGUCGUCCACGACCUAAGGUUGACUUAGACGAUGAGACAGACAGAGUGUGGAAACUGCUAUUGGAGAAUAUUAAUAGUGAGGGAAUUGACGGAUCAGAUGAGCAGAAGGCAAAAUGGUGGGAGGAAGAACGUAAUGUGUUUCGUGGACGAGCAGACUCAUUCAUAGCAAGGAUGCAUCUUGUACAAGGGGAUCGACGGUUUACGCCUUGGAAGGGAUCCGUUGUUGAUUCUGUUGUUGGAGUGUUUCUGACGCAAAACGUUUCAGACCAUCUUUCAAGUUCUGCUUUCAUGUCACUUGCUGCAGAGUUUCCGGUCCCUUCAGUACCCACCACUAACUUUGAAGCUGGAACAAGCUCGGCGCCUUCUAUUCAAAUAACGUACUUGGACUCCGAGGAAUCGAUGUCCAACCCAUCCGAUAACAAUCAAAGUUCUGUUAUUUUAAAAAACACACAGCCUGAUGAGGAGAAGGAUUAUGUAAAUAGCAAUGAAACCUCCAGAAACAGUACUGAAACUUCCAGCUCAGCCCAUGAAUCAGUUGGCAAAACCACGGAAGUAAAGACGUAUGUGGAAUCAGAUAGACAAGGCUUAAGUGUAGAGGUUGAUAAGAAAUAUCAGGAAUGUUUUGUCCUCAACCUGUUUCCAUCUGAAGAUUCUGUUUUGACAUGUCAACAUUCGAUGGUUUCUGAAGCUCCACAAAAUACAGAGAGAGCAAGAUUAAGUUCAGAGGUCAACUUAGAAGAAGAGUAUCGUACUUCAUACAUGAAGCUCCUCCACGGGGUACAAGUCUUACAAGAAGAGUCCAAUCAGAAGAAUCAGUAUGACACUUCAAGGCAAGAGGUUGGGGUUUCAAGCAAUCCUGGAAGCUUACAAGUAUCACCAAAUAUAUCUCCCAGUGAUUGUAGCUCAGAAGUUAAGGAUUUACAAUCACUGAAAGGGCCCACAAAAUCUUCUGAUAGUAAUGAACUAUGUUGCUGCUAUCGGCAAGAUGGGGAUGUUUUGAGUAGUCAGAAACCAGUGAUGCCUGAAAGCUCGAGCAGUGUUUGUUCUACAAAACACAAAGAAAAGCUCGUAACAGAAACUUUGAUUCCAGAUAUUAAUGAAAGCACGAGUUGUCUUGAUGUCCAAGAAGGUACAGAAAAACCACCAGGUCCUGACUCAAGGCAACAUCUCGACUCAUCGUGUAAAGAGGUUAGUCCAACAGAUGGUGCUACUUCAAAGGCAAAAGGAAAAAAAAAAUUAAAGGCAAAAAAAGAGGCAUUUGAUUGGGAUAGUUUAAGAAGAGAAGCACAAGGUAGAGUAGGGAUAAGAGAAAAAUCAACAAGGACAAUGGACACUGUGGACUGGGAGGCAAUACGAACAGUGGAUGUUAGUGAAGUUGCUGAAACUAUCAAGAGUCGCGGCAUGAACCAUAAACUUGCAGAACGUAUACAGGGCUUCCUUGAUCGACUGGUCGAUGACCAUGGAAGUAUCGAUCUUGAAUGGUUGAGAGAUGUUCCACCCGAUAAAGCAAAAGAAUAUCUUCUGAGCUUUAAUGGAUUGGGCCUAAAAAGUGUGGAGUGUGUGCGGCUUCUAACACUGCACCAUCUUGCCUUUCCGGUUGAUACAAAUGUUGGGCGUAUAGCCGUUAGACUUGGAUGGGUGCCCCUUCAACCGCUCCCAGAGUCACUUCAGUUGCAUCUUCUAGAAAUGUAUCCUAUUCUUGAGUCUAUUCAAAAGUAUCUAUGGCCACGUCUCUGCAAACUCGAUCAAAAAACAUUGUACGAGUUGCACUACCAGAUGAUUACUUUUGGAAAGGUGUUUUGCACAAAGAGCAAACCUAAUUGCAAUGCAUGUCCGAUGAGAGGAGAAUGCAGACAUUUUGCUAGUGCGUUUGCAAGCGCAAGGCUUGCUUUACCUGGUACAGAGAAAGGUAUGGGGACACCUGAUAAAAAACCUUUGCCUCUGCACCUGCCAGAGCCACUGCAGAAAGAUCAAGGGUCAGAAGUAGUAAAGCACGCAGAACAAGCAAAAAAGUUUACAUGUUGUGAACCAAUAAUUGAAGAGCCAGCAUCACCGGAGCCAGAAAGCGCCCAAGUUUCAAUAGCUGACAUAGAGGAUGCGUUUUUUGAGGAUCCGGAAGAAAUUCCUACAAUAAGGCUAAACAUGGAUGCGUUUACCAGUAAUUUGAAGAAAAUAAUGGAGCAUAACAAGGAACUGCACGAGGGAAACAUGUCCAGCGCUUUAGUUGCACUUACUGCUGAAACUGCUUCUCUUCCAAUGCCUAAGCUCAAGAAUAUCAGCCAGUUAAGGACAGAACACCAAGUUUAUGAACUUCCAGAUGACCAUCCUCUUAUAGCUCAGUUGGAGAAGAGGGAACCUGAUGAUCCAUGUUUUUAUCUGCUUGCUAUUUGGACCCCAGGUGAGACGGCUGAUUCUGUUCAACCGGCUGUAAGUAAGUGUAUAUUCCAAGAAAAUGGUAAGCUCUGUGAUGAGGAGACUUGUUUCUCCUGCAACAGCAUCAAGGAGGCAAGAUCUCAGACUGUGAGAGGAACAAUCUUGAUUCCAUGUAGAACCGCAAUGAGAGGUAGUUUCCCUCUCAAUGGAACUUACUUCCAAGUGAAUGAGGUUUUUGCUGAUCAUGCUUCCAGCCUAAAUCCAAUCGAUGUCCCAAGAGAUUGGAUAUGGUAUUUGCCUAAAAGAACGGUCUACUUUGGAACUUCUAUACCUUCAAUAUUCAAAGGCUUACCUACCGACACGAUCCAGCAGUGUUUCUGGAGAGGGUACGUAUGUGUACGUGGAUUUGAUCGAACCACAAGAGGACCAAAGCCUUUGAUUGCAAGAUUGCACUUCCCAGCGAGCAAACUGAAGGCACAACAAGCUAACCUCGCCUAAUCUGAGUGGUUUUUAGCAAGCAAAUAAAUAAUGCUUAUGGUUAGAGAGAGACAGAGCAGUGUUCCAAUCUAGUUAAAUGUAAGAAAGUGAUACGUAAAGUUAACGGUCCUUGUCCUAGAGUUGUAUCAGUUUCGUAAGUUUCAAUCUUAAUUUGUGUCAAAUACUUGUCACAAGAAACGGUCCUGUAGCUGAAUCUGUCUGUUUUCUUUAUUUUGUUCUCUCCCAACUUAUGUAGAAUUUGAAGCACAUCUUGCCUCAAUGUGCUCUUUAAUUUAGGUAAUCGUUUGGUUUA